AUGAUUCUCCACCAGAUCGCUCAGGAUCGCGAUGUGGUGGUCCCAGCGAUGAUUGUGCAGCGCAUCCGCCACGUCGAACCACCCAUCACGGACAGCAUCAUCGUACCCUUCAAGGGCACGGGCGGCAACGUCGUUGUCCUCAUUGUGGCGCUCGACUACGACUACGUUCCUGCGGCGCAGCUGACCUGCUCCAGAGACGCCAGGACCAUGUAUCGGAUUGCCGAGCGCGCCGGGGUGAAAGACAUCACGGUGCUCACAGACAAGCAGGGCGUGGACGGCACGAACUUCCCCGUCAGGUCGGUCGUCCUCCAGCACAUCAGGAUGGCCGCGGGCCGAUGCCGGCCGGGCGACUGGUUCGUGUGGUUCUGGGCCGGGCACGGCGUCACGGUGCGGCCCCGCGGCGGGGGCGACGCGAGGCAGCAGGGUGAGAACGCGGACGUGGACACGGACGGGGACCAGGCUUUUGUUACGCCGGACCAGAAGGGUGCACUCACGGAACGCGCCCUGCUUAUGGACGACGUCUUUGCCACCGCCCUUGACCUUCGCGGAUUAUGA